UCAACUUUGCCUCGUCGUACUUUCACUUUUUACGUUCUCAUUGUUCAUUUAAGGACUGCUCCGACAACUUUAAAACACCUUAUGAAGUCAUGAAAAUGCAUAUUUGCUCGUGGAACAACAAAGUAAACGUAAACGUCAACAGGAAGUGUUGGCCUCCCACGCCGGACUCGGCGACCAAUGAGAAGCUAGCUGAAGGGGCUCCAAGCCAAUCGGGCGUGUCGACGAACGAGCCAAUUACAGGAAGACAACUGGUAUUUUUUUUGUGUCUUGAGGCUAUAGAAAGUUCUGGUUUGCCACGUCACACACUUUCACGCCACGAUUGUAUUGUUAACCUACUGUGAUACUCAAGCCCCGUAUGACGUCAUGACAAUAUAUAUAUUUAAAAAAUAUAUUUUGGAGGGAAUGAGGCUAGCAUCUUAAUUGUAUUUUGCCAUUAUAUAUUUAAAAAAAAACACUUAGUGAGGCCCACCCCUUAAUGUCAUGGUUACCUAGCAACAAGAUAGCGACAACAAAUAGCGGCCUCUUUUAUUUUUGAAUUUUGGAGAGUAUAAUGCCAAAAAGGCCACGCUUCUUCACGCCUGCACAGGUAUCGGCUCACAAUACUGCGGCUGACCUUUGGGUGUCCUUCCUAGGCAAAGUGUGUGACCUGACCCCCCUGAUGAAGACGCAUGAGGGUGAUGUUUUACUGCUGCCUAUCAUGGAGUUUGCAGGCAAGGACAUCAGCAGCUGGUUUGACCCCGAGACCGAAGACGUGUUGACGUUUGUCCACCCGCUGACGGACUGUGUGAGCUACUACACCCCCAGAGGACGAUUCGUGCAUAUCCCGCCGGCUGGGCCGCGCUCCGACUGGGCCAGCGACAUCGAGCCGGCUUGGUGGAAGGACCAGCGCUACGAAGUGGGACGGCUAUCCGCCAAGACCAGGUGGAUACGCGUCAUCAACACGCUGACGUCACAGGAGCAGCGGCUGGAGGUGUGUUCUGAGGAGACACUGGCGGAGAUCCUGGAGCGCUACCUGCCGUACAACUCGCAUGCGUGCAGCUACACGUGGAAGCACAACGGCGCCAGCCUGGACAUGAGCAAGACCUUAAGUGAGAACAAUGUCCCCGAUGAUGACCUCAAGCUCCAGAAUCUGCGUCUCGACUGCGAUCUCUUCACGCCCGCCAUCCUCCUCCACUUCAACGAUGACCUCACUGAGGGGUGAAUGCUGUGUUGUUUAGUGACACUGAUUCCAUAUUUUGUUGUCGUACUAUUAUACAAUCGCAGUUUGUGUUGGCCCCCACAAAGUCAAAUCAUCUGUUUAAUGUUGCACUAUGCCAUGUUUUCUCAUACCGCGCCAUACAGUGUUGUGAGGGAUAACUUCUUUGUACAAAUAAAGCACAUUUAUGUCAAUUUGAAA